AUGCUCGAUCCGCACGUCCCGCCGCCAAUUCGCACGGGGCGGCCGCCCUUGGCGCCCGCGCCCCGCGGAUCUAGCGCCACUGGUGGCACUGGCACCGACCAGCAGCAGCAGCCGCAGCAGCAGCAGCAGGCCGGCACUCCCCCCACUGCCUACGUCUACCCCGCUCCCCAGUACUUCAGCAACGACUCGCCCAAGAACUCCUCCAGCCCCAAGCUGUAUGAGAGCCCAAAGGCAGGAACCAACGCAGAGCAGCGUCCGCGCGCCACCGGCGGCGCCAGGGCGGCAGGCCAUGGCCGCCUAGCCCCUGCGGGACCCCGGCAGAAGACAACAUGGGGCAAGCGCACGCCUCUGCGCUACGACCCGUCAUGGUUUGCCAUUCUGGUGGCCCUGUUCUAUCUCGGGGCGGUGGGAUUUUACAUGUACGUGCGGAUCGCCUUUACGCUGGGCUUCAAGGACAAGUGGUACUCUGUAGUCAUUCUCGCGGUCGAGUGCCUCGGGAUCAGCGCCGUCAUCCCCUACGCGACGCUCAACAUGGUCCACUCCCACCCGACGGGCAGCCCCGGGCUGCCGGCGGACGACGGCGUGUCAGACCCCGACACCAAGUUCCACCCGCCGAACCCAUCCACGCUUGACCCCUGGCGCCGCCCCGGGGCAGACAAGGAGGACAUUGCCAUCAUCUGCGCCACCGUCGACGCGGCCAUGACGGCGGACCUGCCCCCUGGGGUCACGCGCACCCUGUACCUCUGCGAUGACGGAAGGGACCCGAACAAGCGCGCCUGGUUGGAGGAGAAGUGGGGCACGUCCGGCGCCGUUUACGUCAGCGGGCGCACGCGCGCCAAGGGGGAGAUCAAUGGCAAGUCCGCUAAUCUAAACAACUGCCUCAAGAACAUUAUCUACCGGGAGCUGGCGGGGCGCCCCAACGAGAUCCCCAAAGAGGAGGUGCUGGUGGUGUUUGACGCCGACAUGUGCGCCAAGAAGCACUUCUUCUGCAAGAUCCUGGAGGUGAUGGUGGACGACAAUGUGGCCCUGUGCCUCUCACCCCAGGCCUUCAGCAACGUCAACCCCGCCACCGACAUCUACAACAACACAAACCAGCAGUUUUGGGAGUACGUCCUGCCUGGCUGCGAUGCGCUCGGCUACGUGGCCUGCACGGGCACCAACUUCUGCCUGCGCGCCAAGGCGCUCGCCGCAGUCGGCUGGUUCCCCGAGUACUGCAUCACUGAGGACUAUGCCCUGUCAAUGGAGCUCAAGGCCGCCGGCUUCAAGGGGCGAUACCUGGCAGAGUACCUGGCGGUGGGCGAGGCGCCGGAGGAGCUGCGCAACGUGCUGCGGCAGCGCUCCCGCUGGACCAAGGGCCACAUGCAGGCGCGUGAUUGCCAGCGCACAUGCGCGCUGUACCUCAACGGCACCUGGAGCUACUUCUGCACAGUCAUCACCACCUGGACCUUCCUGCUGGUGCCGUUCCUGUCCCUCAUGUUUGACAUCCAGCCGGUGCUCUUCACGCGCAACUUUGCGCUGGCCGCCACCAUCUACCUGGCGGCAAACUUCCUCGUCAUGAACUACUUCCACGUGGCCGACCACAUGCGCGGCAUUUGGAUGGCCAACGUCAGCAACUACCUGCUCAGCUUCACGUACGCAAAGGCCAUCGUCAACACGCUGCUGUCCAAGGUCCACUUGAAGAAGAAGGCCGGCUUCAAGGUCACCCAGAAGACCCAGGCAGCGGCCAACCCGUCCCUGCAGAUCCAGAACGCCUUCAUGUCGCGCCUCACGUCCUUCACGCGCCGCUUCAACCAGGCGCAGCUGCCGCAGCUGUACGCGCCCCAGGCGCAGCCGGCGGGCCCCCAGAAGAAGGAGGACGAUUGCAUCCCAGACAAGCUGGUCAUGUUCCUUGCGCUCAACCUGAACAUCAACACGCUGGUCCUGGCGCUGCGGCAGAUCUAUGUCACCAGGACCCUCACGGCCUGGAUCGCGCUGCCAGCGCUGUGGGCCAUCUACAACGCUGUGCCCCCGGUGCUGUUCUUCACGUUUGUCCUGGGCUCCACCAAGACGCUCCAGAUCACGGCCUUCUGGAUGCAGCUGGUCAGCACGCUGUCGGGGACUGGCGCGGUGGUGGCGCUCUGGUUCAUCGUCCCGACACAGUAG